AUGUCUGCAGAAGACCAGAACGGAGAGGAGAGGCUUAUCUAUGAGACUAUAUUCAAUCACUUCAAAAGAAAUAAGGUGGAGAUUUCGAGUGCAAUAAAAAAGACAUUUCCUUUUCUUGAGGGGCUCCGUGACCGUGAACUCAUCACAAAUAAAAUGUUUGAAGAUUCUCAAGAUUCUUGUAGAAACCUGGUCCCUGUACAAAGAGUGGUCUACAAUGUUCUCAAUGAACUGGAGAAGACAUUUAACCGGACACUUCUGGAAGCAUUGUUCAGCGAGGUCAACAUGCAGGAAUACCCUGAUUUAAUUCAAGUACAUCAAGGGGGGAGGGCAGUGGUUAUUGUCCAAUCAACAGAACAAUACUGUGGUUAUUGCAAACAACUCUACUUUGGGAAAACCCUCCAGGAAAAGAAGAGAACCAACUCUACUUUGGGAAAACCCUCCAGGAAAAGAAGAAAAAAGAGAGGGCAUUCCUGGAACAGAAUAAAAAAGAAACAUCAGAAAAACACACCUCAACAAGGUAGCAGCAAAGCUGAUGGCCAGCUGGUCUCCAGUGAGAAGAAGGGGGAAAUGAAUGUGCAAGGCUCUGCCAAGAUCAGGGGUCCAAGAAGGCCCAGAGAUGAAAGUGUGGACUUCCACGCUGCUUUGCUCCCUGUGACCUGUGGUCAGAUGAAGGGAAUUUUACAUAGAAAGAAACUGAAACGAG